AGUGUUCGCAGGUCGCCGGCGCUGCAUUCUUCCGGCUAUUUUGAUUACUUACAGUUAUAUAAGAUUAUGGGUCGUGGACGGCGGCAUAGACGGCAACGGAGAGAUGGAAAUAGUGAGCUUCUUGCAGAUACAUGGAGAGAUAGAAUUAGUGAGCUUCUUGCAGAUACACGGAGAGAUAGAAUUAGUGAACUUCCGGCAGAUAUACUUGACAAAAUUUUGGUGUUAUUGACAACUGUUGAAGCUGCUAGGCUUGCUGUUUUGUCUACCCAUUGGAGAAAUGUUUGGCUCAAUCUCACAGAACUCGACUUUGGUCAUGACUUCUUUUGUCACAUUCGGAAAAAAUAUGACCAUGAUGAAAAGGAAAACAUUGAUAUCUGUACAUCUAUGAGUUUUUAUGUGAUCAACAAGGUUCUCAUGCAACACAAUGGAGUUAUUCGCAAAUUUGCCUUCAAUUUUCCUUUUAGCACUGCCAAAGAGUUUAGUUAUCGGUCAUUUGGCUUUGACCAAUGGCUCCCUUUUGUCACACAAAAUGGUGUUGAAGAAAUCGACAUUAGUGUUUCGGACGAAGGUGAAUACAAGCUGCCGAAAUGCAUAUUUUCUUGCCUAACACUAAGGAGCUUGCGUCUUAAUGGAAUCUCUGUCGAACCACUAAAUGCCCAUUGCACAUUACCAAAUCUUACUUCACUUUGUUUUGAAAGUAUUAACUUUGAUGGUGGAGAUCUUCUGCCUAAUGUUCCUAUGCUCGACAGUCUGUCAUUUGUAUUAUGUGAAACUGAGUCUGAAAUUAACAUUACUGCUCAAAAACUUAGUAGUUUAGCAAUCACCAGUAUCUUUGUGCGCCAACUCUCUGUUAACUUGGGCUUGGAAUCUGUUCGUACUCUUGAAUUGGAUUGUACUUCUCUCGAGGAUUUUGUUGAUAGACUUACUGGAAGUGGACUACAACAACAACCACCUACACUAAAUGUGGAACACUUGAUGUUAUCAAAUAACUAUGGGGAUGUGGAUGAUGACAUUUCUGAGGACAUUUCUGAUGCAUUCAUUCAUUUGCUUCGAAUAUGCCCAAAGUUAUGCCAACUUGAUAUAGAUUUAGAAUUUUCCCCAGUGGCCUGUAAUUGUUUUUUUGAUCCUGAGCGAAGACAUUUCAAGGAAUUUCAUGCUGUUACUCAAAGACAUAAAUUGCUUCAGACUUUGAAUCUGAAUUCAUUUAGAGGGGCUUACACUGAAACCCUUUUCAUCAUGGUGCUACUUGAUAGCUUUCUGGCACUUGAGAAGGUUGUCAUUACUCCUGCAAGAUCAAUGGCUGUCUGUUAUGAAGAUGCUGAAUACGAAUACUUUGACUUUGAAACUCAUAAGUUGGAGCUGUUGGAUUUUCAUUGUGCCUCCACAAAAGCCAAAAUUAUUUUCAGCUCUAAGAAUCCAUAGUGUACUUCUAUGGAAUUGAGUUUGUGCAUUGACUCGUACUCUAUAGGUUUGGUGAUGUAUAACUGUUAGUUUGAGGAUCUUUGCAAGUUAACUGUAUUGGAAUGCAACUUUUUUGUUUUCCUGUGGAUAUGGAGGGAUGCUGUUUUCUUGUGCCUUCUAUAACAUUAUAAGAAUUUUGUAGGUAAUUCGUAUUUAUACUUUAGUGGUUUAAUUGUA